GGGCGCCAGCGCAAACAGGAGGCAGCCCAGAAGGAGCCAGUCCCGGUCCCGGCGCGUGCUGGCCUGUGCUGACGGCCACGAACUCAAGAACUUUCUGUAAACUUAAUAAUCCGGACUGGUUUGUGUCGGUACCGGUACCGAGUUGGUGGGUUUGCGCUCCAGAAGCUCGACUGUGACGUGGCAUCAGCUGCAUGGCUGGUGUGGAGCAGGUGGCGGCUGUGGGGCAGGUUCUGGUGGACCCGGGACAGGUCCUGACCCAGCGCUUCAGAGCCCUGUUCACCCUGAAGAACCUGGGAGGUGCUGAAGCCAUCGAAUGGAUCGGAAAGGCGUUCAGCGACGACUCCGCCCUACUGAAGCACGAGUUGGCGUACUGCCUGGGUCAGAUGCAGGACCGGCAGGCCAUCCCUGUUCUGACAGCCGUCCUCCGUGACGCCCAGCAGGAGCCUAUGGUCCGGCAUGAAGCAGGGGAAGCUCUUGGAGCGAUCGGGGAUCCUGUGGUUCUGGACCUUCUACAGGAGUACAGUCAGGACCCUGUCAUUGAGGUGGCAGAGACAUGUCAGCUGGCCGUCAGCCGGCUGAAGUGGCUGCAGAGUGGCGGGGAGCAGCAGGACGGCGCCACCGACAGGAACCCGUACUGCUCUGUGGACCCGGCUCCACCCGCACAGAGGAAGAGCGUCCCAGAACUGCGGCGCGCUCUACUGGACGAAGCCCUGCCGCUCUUUGAGCGGUACCGGGCCAUGUUUGCCCUGCGGAACUUAGGUUCUGAAGAAGCUGUGCUGGCCCUGGCAGAUGGCCUGCAGUGUUCCAGCGCUCUCUUCCGCCAUGAGAUCGGCUACGUCCUGGGCCAGAUGCAGCACCCGGCAGCCAUCCCGGCCCUGAGCAAGGCGCUGCAGCAUCCUGACGAAAACCCCAUGGUCCGACACGAGGCGGCCGAGGCCCUGGGCUCCAUCGGGAGAGACGAGUGCCUGGCUGUGCUGCAGCGUUACCGUGGAGACCAGGAGCAGGUGGUUAAGGAAAGCUGCGAGGUGGCGCUGGACAUGCUGGAGUACGAAAACAGUGACCAGUUCCAGUACGCAGAUGGGCUGGUCCGGCUGCAGGCUUAGACGGACCAGCUCCCCAUCCUAUUGACUUUCUGCAUGUCUUGUGUGACAUGUGAGAACCAGCAGACUGAUCCAGACUGAAGUUCUGACUCGGCUCCCUCCUGCCUCACUACAGUCUGGGUCAGUUUGAACCAGCUCUAGGGAUUCCAGCCCGGCAUGCUGUGUCCUGGGCAGCAUCAAUUCAUCAGUUAAUAAAAAUCAUGCUGAAACAGCCUG